AUGGGGGUAACAGAAUGGGUUGCCGAGCGCCAGAUGGAGGUGGACGAGUCGCAGAACCAGCGGGAUAAAAGGGUUGAGGACCUCUGGAGGCAAUUGGAUCCUAAUAGCUCGGGUCAUUUGGACUUUAAGGGGUUGCAGAAGGGGUUGAAGAGGAUCGAUCACCCCAUGAAAAAUGCGGACGACAUGUUGCGAAAGAUCAUGACCGUCGUCGACACGAACGACGACGGCAAAAUCCAAUACGAAGAGUUCCGCUACUUUGUCGAGCAGACCGAGAGGCAACUGAUGAUUCUGUUCCAGUCCAUAGACAAGGACCACGAUGGGCGACUUGACAAGACAGAGCUGCAGGAGGCAUUUCGACGGGCUGGGCUUGUUGUGCCGAUGCGCAAGCUCAGUUCCUUCUUUGGCGACAUUGACAUGAACAACGACGGCUACAUUAGCUUCGAAGAGUGGCGGUAA